CUGCGCGCAGAGUCGCAAGAUGGCGGACAGUGCGGAACUAAAGCAAAUGGUUAUGAGCCUUCGAGUGUCGGAGCUGCAGGUGCUGCUGGGCUACGCGGGCAGGAACAAGCACGGCCGCAAACACGAACUGCUGACCAAAGCCCUGCACCUGCUCAAGGCCGGCUGCAGCCCCGCCGUCCAGAUGAAAAUCAAAGAACUCUAUAGGAGAAGGUUCCCCCAGAAAAUCAUGACCCCGGCAGACCUGUCCCUCCCCAGCGUGCACUCGAGCUCCAUGCCGGCCGCGCUGUCGCCCUCCGCCAUUCCACAGCUGGGCUACGACGGCCACCCCGCCACGUCCCCCCUGCUCCCCGUGUCGCUGCUGGGACCCAAACACGAACUGGAACUGCCCCACCUCACCUCGGCCCUGCACCCCGUGCACCCCGACAUCAAGCUGCAGAAACUCCCCUUUUAUGACUUGUUGGAUGAGCUGAUCAAACCCACCAGCCUAGCCUCAGAUAACAGCCAGAGGUUUCGAGAAACCUGCUUUGCCUUCGCGCUGACGCCGCAGCAAGUGCAGCAGAUCAGCAGCUCCAUGGAUAUUUCUGGGACCAAAUGUGACUUCACAGUACAGGUCCAGCUAAGGUUUUGUUUAUCAGAAACCAGUUGUCCACAAGAAGAUCACUUCCCACCCAAUCUGUGUGUGAAAGUCAAUGGGAAACCAUGCAGCCUUCCAGGCUACCUGCCACCAACCAAAAACGGUGUUGAACCAAAGCGCCCCAGCCGACCAAUCAACAUUACCUCACUCGUCCGCCUGUCCACCACGGUCCCCAACACCAUUGUCGUGUCCUGGACUGCAGAGAUUGGCAGGAACUAUUCCAUGGCAGUGUACCUGGUGAAGCAGCUCUCCUCCACGGUGCUCCUGCAGCGGUUGCGGGCCAAGGGAAUCCGGAACCCGGAUCACUCCAGAGCACUGAUUAAAGAAAAGCUAACUGCUGAUCCAGACAGUGAAAUAGCAACAACCAGCCUAAGAGUGUCUCUGCUUUGUCCACUUGGCAAGAUGCGCCUGACCAUCCCCUGCAGGGCCCUGACCUGCUCCCACCUGCAGUGCUUUGAUGCCACUCUCUACAUCCAAAUGAACGAGAAAAAACCCACCUGGGUGUGCCCUGUGUGUGACAAGAAAGCUCCCUACGAGCAUCUCAUCAUUGAUGGGUUGUUCAUGGAAAUCCUGAAGUUCUGUACAGAUUGUGAUGAAAUCCAGUUCAAGGAGGAUGGGUCCUGGGCUCCCAUGAGGUCCAAGAAGGAGGUGCAGGAGGUGACAGCAUCCUACAACGGAGUGGAUGGGUGCAUCAGCUCCUCCUUGGAGCAUCAGGUGUCCUCUCACCAACAAUCCAACAAAAACAAGAAGGUGGAAGUGAUCGACCUGACCAUCGACAGCUCCUCAGAUGAGGAGGAGGAGGAGCCCUCGGCCAAGAGGAGCUGUCCCUCCAUAUCCCCAGCAUCACCCAUGAACAACAAGGGCAUUUUAAAUUUACCCCACCAAGCUUCUCCUGUGUCAAGAACCCCAAGCCUUCCUGCUGUGGACACCAGCUACAUCAACACAUCACUCAUCCAGGACUACAGGCAUCCAUUCCAUAUGACACCCAUGCCUUAUGACCUGCAAGGUUUAGAUUUCUUCCCUUUCCUGUCAGGUGACAAUCAGCAUUACAACACCUCCCUCCUCGCCGCGGCCGCCGCCGCAGUCUCGGCCUCGGACGAUCAGGAACUUUUGCACUCCCGCUUUUUCCCCUACACCUCGUCGCAGAUGUUCCUGGAUCAGCUGAACGCCGGGGGCAGCAGCUCCCUGCCCGCCACCAACGGCAGCAGCAGCGGCAGCAACAGCAGCCUGGUCUCCUCCAACAGCCUGCGGGACAACCACGGGCACCCCGUGGCCAGCAGGAGCAGCACGGACACGGCCUCAAUCUUUGGUAUCAUACCAGAUAUUAUCUCCUUGGACUGAU